CUCACCAGCUUGCUUUAUACCGUGACCCUUUGUACUACGCCCUGUCGUUAUUGAAUGAACGUCCCGAACAAUCGGUUUAUAGUACGUGGUUUGUAAGUAGUAGAUUUUCACAAACAACAUUGGCUGGAGUCGAGUAGAGAGUGGGCACGGCAGCCAAGCUGCAAACUCUUGUGGAAUAAUAAUACCGGCAUUCUGCUCAGUCGCUGGCUGAGAAAAGAUCUAACGGUGAAUAGUUCUCUGUCUUGGUUCACCGUUGAAGGAAAUUGUUGUGUUCUAUAAUUAGGAUGAGCUCCGUCAGGGUAGAUUCACCGUUGCUUUCGGAGUUCCGGAGACAACCCUCUCCUUGCGUACCGACCAUGCCAAAGCCACGGGCUUGUCGGAAGCUCUUCCCGGUGGACCACGCCGAGACGAAUAGCUUCUUGCAGACUGAGAUUGCUCAAAUAGACGCAGAACAACAAGCUAACAUGGGAUUUGAUUUGGGGAGAUGUGUUCCUUUGGAGGACCAGAGUAGCAGUCGAUACACCAACUGGGAGGCAAUGCCAGCCGAAUCCGUCCCGUCGUUUUAUCGUGAAACAUUUCCGAGGAAGAGAAAUCGGCUGAGACAGCCAGAGCGUUUGUCCACUACGCCCCGUCAAAACAAAGUGGACAGUCGUAUUCACCCUUUGCGCACCAACGAAGCCGAUGGAACUACAGUCGUUCUCAAAACACAUUCCACUGUUCGCGAUAGUUCGUUUGUGCCUCUUCAUCGUUUAGAAGCAUCGAACAACUCAAAACAAAACUCUAUCGCUACUGUCACAUUAUCCUCAAAAACCGACGACACAAUUCCGUCAAUAUCAGAAACGUCGUCUGAACGCAAGACAAUCUGCAAGGCCCAAAGACAUGGUAGUGAGCUUGCAGUCACAACAAGUAUACCGUCAACAGCCACAUCAGUUGUUGACAAACAACAGAUGCCGCAAACACAGUCUAAAGUCACCGAUUAUUUCAGGCAGCGAAAGAGGUGCGGGUCGUCAGAAAUCAGAAUUACGCCUGACACCGACGACGUAGGCAAGCACCCUGUUCCGACGAAGCGACGCAUGGGGACAAACAGCCCCACUGACGGCGGGGACACGUUGCCUGAAGUCGGUCAGUCGUGAUCGCUAACGGUACCUCAUCAACCAAACACGAUUUGGGCAAGUGCAACAACAACUCUGACAGCCCCGCCCCCAGGUCGAAGGUCAAAGGUCUUGACAUUGACAAGGGACGCUACUGACGCCGCGGGCAUUCGUAAGUUCAACCUCAUUCACUGGUAUUCUCCCCAUCGCUGUACCAGAGGGACUGUGAACAAGUGCAGGCGGGGAGCUUGUUUUUCAACAAUUUUGUUUUCUGUAUCUGGAGAAAUAAAUCAGAGUAGUGGUGGCCGCGUGCCUUUGAUAGGCAUUGCACCGAAAACAACAGGUCAUCGGGUCAGUUCGCUGGAUCCCAGCCAAUUAUUUCGUUCUACCUGGGCACGCACCUUUUGAUGUCAGAAGUGGGCAAGAUGCCAAAUGUUUUCCCGCGCUUCUUUAGCUGACACCUUAGCCUUACUUCACUAGAUAAAAAGUCGGGAUAUUUAUGGCAUGGGGAGGUGGGUAAAGUUCAAUGAUAUCUAUCACAAUGAUAACAGUUCAUUCUAAUCGUGCUGUUGUGCAUUAUAGUAAAGAGCUAUUAAUUUGUGUGAUGGUUUCGUGUAGAGAUUGUAGAGAUAAGCACAAACUUUGAUUGAUUUUGAACACUGUGAUUCUACUUCAAGUUUUGGAUCCAAAGCUUGUUUGUGUGACUGGUGUGUACAUGUAAAUAUCACUUAACUCAACGGUAUUAAGUAUUCACUAUUUCAGGAAACUUUUUCAAAGCAUUUAAAAUCUUUCGUGGAAACAUUUCAGUAUUACCGGUUAUGUCGUCCACAUUUCUAUUUGGUGUACAGUCGACAAGGGAACUGGAACUUAAAAACAAAAUACUAAAGACAUUUUCUGUAAAUAACUUUGUAAAUCAUAGUGUACAGUAACUUAUUUCGUAAACAAAAAGAUAUAAAUGUUUGUUCUAGAAAUUAAUGUAGUCUAUAUAACAGAAAUAACUUAUUUGGCUUUUACGACUUUGCAACAUUCCAUAAAUAAUAUAACAUGAUGUAAAAAGAACUUAAGCAAUUCUACUCUGUGCAAAAAUUAUCAGCAUGUAAACAGCGUUGAAAACAAUGUUAAUAGUUAUUAUUAAAAAGUUUCUUAAGCUCAGGCAGUUAAAA